GGAAAAACGAGACAGUGCGAGAAUAAACAACAAGCAUGGCAAACACUACGGCUACUCUCACUGUUGGUGGCGACAGAACUACGGGCCAGUCUGUCCGUUCACAAAAUGUGAUGGCAGCAAGCUCCAUUGCAAAUAUUGUCAAAAGCAGUCUUGGACCAGUGGGACUGGACAAAAUGCUGGUAGAUGAUAUUGGUGAUGUGACCAUUACAAAUGACGGAGCCACCAUUCUGAAGUUACUAGAAGUAGAACAUCCAGCUGCUAAAAUCUUGGUGGAGCUGGCAGAACUUCAGGACCAGGAAGUCGGAGAUGGUACAACAUCAGUGGUGAUAAUUGCAGCAGAGCUGUUGAAAAAUGCUGACGAGUUGGUUAAAUGUAAAAUCCACCCCACAUCAAUCAUCAGUGGAUACAGAUUGGCUUGCAAAGAAGCCUGUAAGUACAUACAAGAACACCUCACCAUCAACACCGAAGAGCUCGGACGUGAAUGUAUCAUCAACGCUGCUAAAACUAGCAUGUCCAGCAAAAUCAUUGGGUCCCAGUCAGAUUUCUUCUCCAACAUGGUGUUAGAUGCUGCUAAUGCUAUCAAGACAUCUGAUGGAAAGGGAGGGUUCAAAUAUCCAAUUAAGGCUGUUAACGUUCUGAAAGCCCACGGACGUAGUUCAAUUGAAAGUACUCUGAUCCAGGGCUACGCUCUUAACUGUACAGUCGCAUCACAAGCCAUGCCGAAAAAGAUCACCAAUGCAAAGAUAGCCUGUUUAGAUUUCGGUUUGAUGAAAGCAAAGAUGAAGAUGGGUGUUCAGAUCCUAAUUGAAAACCCAGAAGACCUUGAUGGAGUCCGACAGAAAGAAACCGAUAUUACCAAGGAAAGGAUAGAGAAAAUCAUUGCAACAGGGGCCAAUGUUAUCUUAACUACUGGAGGUAUUGAUGACCUCUGCCUCAAGUACUUUGUUGAGGCCGGUGCCAUGGCUGUACGCAGAUGUAAGAAGGUGGAUCUGAGGAGGAUCGCUAAGGCAACGGGCGGGCAACUGGUUUUGACUCUGGCCAAUUUAGAAGGUGAGGAAUCUUUUGACGCGAGCAUGCUUGGACAGGCAGAGGAGGUUAUACAGGAACGUAUCUCGGACGAUGAACUCAUCCUCAUUAAAGGCACCAAGGCAAGAUCUGCAGCUUCCAUCCUCCUACGUGGAGCCAACGACUUCAUGUGCGAUGAGAUGGAACGGUCUGUCCAUGAUGCCCUUUGUGUGGUGAAGCGUGUCUUGGAGUCCAAGUCAGUCGUUCCUGGGGGCGGGGCUGUAGAGGCUGCCCUGUCUAUCUACUUGGAGAAUUUUGCUACAUCACUGGGAUCCCGAGAACAGCUGGCCAUUGCUGAGUUUGCGCGGUCCCUACUGGUCAUCCCCAAACAGCUGGCCGUAAAUGCCGCUCAGGACUCCACCGACCUAGUCGCCAAGCUCCGCGCCUACCACAACAUGUCUCAGACGAAACAGGAACACCGAGACCUCAGAUGGAUCGGCCUUGACCUGUAUGAAGGUAAGGUCAAGGACAACAAGAAGCAGGGUGUAUUUGAACCCACUAUUUCCAAGAUCAAAUCCCUGAAGUUUGCUACGGAGGCAGCCAUCACGAUCCUGAGAAUAGACGACUUGAUCAAACUAGCACCAGAGCAGAAGGAGGGCAACUCUUACCAGGAUGCCCUGAGGAGAGGCACCCUAUAGAUCUU